AUGGCGUAUGGCAAGCAGAUUGUGGGAUCACCUUGCCCCCCUGAGACAUGCUGUGCCGUAAUCAAGGCUGAGUCCAAUGCAACGGUCUUCAGCCAGAGAAGGACCUUGUACAUGUGGAAAUUGUUUGCAACAGUGUACCCCGCCGAAUUCCGCAAUGUUGCGAAAUACCGAUCCAUGAAGGUCAAAUGGCCACAGAUGCCAUUGCGAGAAUACUGGAGCGUAGUCAAGAGCGAUAGUCUUAGCUGGCGCUUGGUCUUGACUCUGACUCCCUCGUUUGGGCGGGUACCAGAGCUCGUGGAGAUUGCUAAUAUCAAGAAUCUGGUUGCGCUGGAGAUCGCAACGCCACUGCAGGUAACUCCGAUGCUAGACAGCUCGGGACCACGUAUCGCUGGGCUGAACGAUCGAAUCGCACGAACGUGGAGAGAGCUGGCGGAGACGUCAGGAGCAUUUACCCACCUUCGCAUCCUUAGAUUGUACUGCCAACCAGACCUUACACCGUUGGGGAUACGGUACCUCAGUGCUCUUCCAGGAUUGUGUCUUAUAAUCGCCCAUGGAUGCCCCAAUCUCAAAUCCUUCCUUCAAGGCGACGGCCUGGACAAGGAUUCGUGGGAUGUGACAACAAUCCCACAGUUUGUGGUCAACGAAUCCAGUCAAUUGGAAGGAUCAGAGCCUCUAACACUCUAUGAAUGCUGUCAGAAGAGCUUUUAUGCCAGCAGUCAAGGACACGCGAUAGACGACGGUAUUCUAGACCGAGACAGCCCUGUUUUGGACUUUCGCAUCGUCCCAGAAGGCAGUCAAGGCUUGGGCAAAAGAGGCAGCAGUUUUUCUACGAUAUACUUCCAACGCAGAAAAGUCUCCGGGUCUAGACCUCCAGAGCCACCACUAAAGAAGGUGAAGAUGGCGGGCCAAUCGCCAGAAAAGACGUCACAGCCGAGAUCUGGAUCCAGAAAGCCAGUGAUGAGAGAGCGAAAUCCGAGAGAUCUCCGAGAUGUAAAUUUCAGGUAUGGUAAUGACGCCGCCAUGACACCAAUACCCACAGCUGAUUGGCCAGUUGCCGAUGCCGAGCCAAACACCGCUGUUCCCCCGCACCGCCCCGUGAUUGGCACCGCCUCAAGGGAGCUGAGGUGCUUGUCCACAGCGAUCUUGCUGCAUCGCCAGAGCUUCAGCGAGAGUCUCCGCGCUGCACCUGGUUCUCCGCGCACACGUCGGCAGCCGUCCUUCACACAGGCAGCGAUUCAGAGUCUGAUCGAUAACCCUCCUGCUCCUAAAGAUGUCAAUCCCGCAUUUGCAGGCCGAGAUUGGAGAGAAAUCUCGAUUGGGGAGCUUGUCAGGCCGGAUGAUUUGAGGUUUGUUGAGUUGGAUACUGGAAUUGAGGAAGCAACGAAUACACUGAUCGAUUCCAACGCCCCGGUGCUGUUGAUUCGAGAAAUCCCAGAACACAAGACGGCCGUGGGCACCUUCGAUUACGCGGAUCUGAAUGCAUACCUUCUACUUGCGGCCGGACUGACGCAGCCUAAUGAAGAACUUCGCGAAUCGUAUGAAGAGCUGGCAAGAAAGGCCAGGGACGGGCACAAGAUACCAUUGAAGGACGUGAAGGAGCUGAGCCGGAGUGAGCCACUGACCACACUCCCUGCAUCGGCCAACUUGAUGACGGCUGUCGAGACGUUCGGCGGCGGUGUUCACCGCGUGGUCGUGGUGGAUGAACACAAGGACGGCGAAGUAGUGGGAAUCGUCAGUCAAUUCCGACUGGUCAAGUUUCUAUGGGAGAAUGGUCGUAGCUUUCCCGUCAUCGAUCAGCUGUACCCUCAGUACCUGCGUGAUUUGGGCAUCGGGUCUCGCGAGGUGAUCUCCAUCAAUGGUGAUAAGCAGCUUUGCGAAGCGCUGCAAAUCAUGAACAGCGAAGGAAUCUCGUCCAUUGCUGUGGUAGAUAACCAUUCCAACGUGGUGGGCAACAUCUCUACGACGGAUGUCAAGCUCCUCACGAGAUCGUCAUCGCUGCCUCUUCUCCACAACACCUGCAUUCAUUUCAUCUCCGUGAUCCUAUCCGCAAGAGGCCUCAUAGAGGGCAAGGACUCGUUUCCUGUGUUCUAUGUGAACCCUAGCUCGACUCUGGCGCACACGGUGGCAAAAAUGGUGGCCACCAAAUCUCAUCGAUUAUGGGUCACCGAUCCCUUGUCGCCCUCGUCGUCGGGACCACCUACACCGUCUCACUCGAGCGUUCAGCUUCCUUUGGCGGCCAGCACCAACUCGACGCAGUCACCGCCGGUGUCACCUCCCGCAGCCACGACCAACUUACCGGCCCCCAACUACAGCACUCCUCAUCUUCCUAGUCCACCUCAGCCAUUCAUGAAUGCGGCAUCACUCACGCAUCCCGCUGCGUCGGUGGGAAUGCCCCACGCGGUGGCGCCGUCGAUUCCCGCCUUGACUGAUAUUUUGAAUCUGCACGCGCGGGCCAGCGGACUGAGCCCUGCUGAUCCUGCAGAGUGCCGCAGCCGCCGGCGACGGAGCAGCAGCUCGAGCAUUAGCGUUCGCAAAAGCGGCGAUAUCGGACGCGAGCUGUUCAGUCGGCGGGAGUAG